GAAUGGAUCGUGCUUAUUCCCGAUAUCGAAGGCUCAUUGGAGACAAGGAUGAAGGUACGAGAAACACACAUCAAAGAGAUGAUUAAACAUAUCGACUCUGGGCUAUAUCAGAUGGGAGGAGGUACACUGAAAGGGGAUCAAGUUGGUGGAAGCGCAAUUAUUGCUCGUGCGAAGACUGAAGCCGACGUCAUGGAAGUCCUCAAGGCCGAUAUUUACACAAGGAGCGGUGUUUGGGACCUCGAUAAAACGCAAAUGAUUCCCGUGAGUACUAAAUUC